UGCUUUCGCGGGCCCUGCCAGCUCUCCCGGCUCCGCAUCGCAUGCUCGGACCCGAGCCCGCCCCGCCCCUCAAACGUCCUCCUGGGGACUUCAUGGCACCGCCCCGGAUCGGAACGCACAACGGCACUUUCCACUGCGACGAGGCGCUGGCUUGCGCCCUGCUUCGACUCCUGCCAGAGUACCGGGAUGCAGAGAUUGUGCGGACUCGGGACCCCGAAAAACUGGCCUCUUGUGACAUCGUGGUGGAUGUGGGUGGCGAGUAUGACCCUCGGAGACAUCGGUAUGACCAUCACCAGAGGUCUUUCACUGAGACCAUGAGCUCCUUGUCCCCUGGAAAGCCUUGGCAGACCAAGCUGAGCAGUGCAGGACUCGUCUAUCUGCACUUCGGGCACAAGCUGCUGGCCCAGUUGCUGGGCACUAGUGAAGAGGACAGCAUGGUGGGCACCCUCUAUGACAAG